AUGUCGCUCGACCAGACGCACUAUGAUGUGGCCAUCCUCAGCACAGGGCUCACACAGAGCAUAGUUUCAGCCGCUCUCGCCGCAGCAGGACUGUCGGUGAUUCACAUCGACAGGAACGACUACUAUGCGGAUCAGUGGGCGAGUCUGACACUGUCAGAGCUGCUCAAAUGGACUCAGGACACCUCGAGCGGCGUCGAAGGUGUUCGGCUCAGCUUUCCUUCGACCUCGCGGGCCGACACGAAUAAGUCUGGAGAACCGUCGAGGCUGCCGGAGUCGCUGGCGUCUCUGGAUCGGCACUAUGCCAUCUCGCUCGCCCCGACGUUGCUUCCCGCAACAGGACCAUCGAUCGACUGCUUGAUUCGAUCCAAGGUCUCGUCGUACGCCACCUUCCGCCUACUUGAGCGCACUUGCGUGGCAUCGGUCUCCUCGCAUGAUGACGGCCCAAUGCUGCUGACGAGUGUUCCUGCAAGCAAGGAAGACAUCUUCAAGACCAAGACGCUCUCCCUCAUUGCCAAAAGAAAGCUCAUGAAGCUGUUGAUGUACAUCGGCACCGAGGACUGGCAGUCGGAUCUUGCGCAGAAUCCGGACACGUCGCAGCGAUCCUUUGUGGAGUACCUAGCAGACGUGCACAAGAUGUCGCCCGACCUGGUGGACGCUGUGGCCUACGGCGUGUGUCUAUGCGCGACUCCAAACGAGACGACAGAGGUGGCCAUGGCGAGAGCAAAGAGUCACAUGCAGAGUGUGGGCAGGUAUGGCAACUCUGCUUACUUGGUCGGACAGUAUGGGGGGGCGGGUGAGCUGGCGCAGGGCUACUGUCGCGCAUCGGCAGUCAAAGGAGGCAUGUUCAUCUUGGCCCACGAGAUCAAGUCUGCGAAGCGGGACGCAGCAGAUGCCAGAUGGGAGAUCGGGAUAGACGGCAUCGACGAUACGGUCACAGCCGAUUACAUUGUGUCAAGCGAGGAGAUGCUGCAGCAGCUUGGCAUCACGGAUCCAGGUCAGACAAGCGCCCCCGGGUCCGCAGAUAUUGUGCUGCACAAAGCGGUCCUGGUCCUCGACAAGCCGAUUCACUUUGCCGCCGCCGUUGGCAAAGACUCGUCAACAGGAGGUCAAAGCACGCAAGGGAACUCGCCUGAGAAGGACGCAUCUGAAUCGCCUCCGGAGACAGGACUAGUUGUCUUCCCGCCCGGCUCCAUUGGUGGGAACGUCAACACGGUCACGGUGCUGAUGAUGGGCGAGGGCACCUUCUCGUGUCCUAAGGGUCAAUAUGUAUACUACGUACAAUCGGAAGCGUCGCAGGCUGAUCGUCAGCAAACGGCAGAAGACGCUCUCAAGCCGGUACUGGAACAGAUCAUCAACUUGACGACCGAGUCACGGCGGGCUGAAGCAGCAGAUGCGGCCUCCGUCCACCCGCUUCUACAGCUCACAUAUCGUCAAGCGGUUCCUUCCACAUCGAGCGAGUCCUCCCUUCAGAAUCUGUCAAGCAUCACUUUCCCACCUACAUCCACAGACUCGACCUCGUCCAACACUCAGCAUCCAGUGACGUCCAUCUCUGGGCUCACCGAUGCGGCUGUUCAGCUGGCAGAGAAGGUAUACUACGACGUCUUCGCAUCACGACUCACAUCACCGGAUUGCGGAAGCACGCACAAAGAGAGGGUCAAGUGGGUCAAAGAGACUGUGGAGAGUCAGAGGCUGGAAAGGAAGCGCAGAAAGGGUCGCGAUCCCGCCGAAUACCAAGGGAGAGGCGGGAGAGGGGCGGACGACGGAGUCACGCGCCUACAGCCAGAUGGAGAAGGCCGCGAAGAGUCGCAGGAGCAGGUGAAGGUGGUGGGCUUCUUCGAGGCAAUCUCGGGUCAGGACGACGGUGAUGACGACGACGAUGCUCAUGGAGAUGGACAAUGA